AAAUAUGACUUGGGUAGAAAAUAAAUGAUUUUGGGUUUGGGAGGUACAUGUAUCAAUUCAACAAAUUUAGUUUAAAAGGUGUUUAGUUACCAAAAUCUGUAAAGGUUUAAUCGACCAGCUGUCUAUGUGUCAAGUUAACCUUAUUUAAGAAUAUACGAAAGGAAUGUUUAUUAUCAGAACAAUUAAAUAUGUAUGUUCGACUGAUCUGAUUUAGAAGAAGUGAACUCAUGAAUAAUGGUUCUAGUGUUUCUUAAUUCUUGAAUGAAAUUUUGGACUAAAAAGCAACUAAUAAUGGAAACCGUUAAGCAGUUCGAUUUGCCACCGGAGGCGUAUCCAAGAUACCGGUUUACGUGUCAGCAUGUUCAGCGACUAAACAGAAAAAGCCACAAACUCAUUAAAAAAUGUGGCAUUUCAAACGAUUCACCGCCAGAAUUCGGAAAUGUUAUUGUCAACGUAUUUUGUCGAAAAGACGAAAAUCUUCUUGAACUACAACACAUUCAUUUUAAAGAAUUGGAUAAAGACAAAGUUAUUGAAACGCAUAUGUCGAUGAAAAGGUUUAAGAAAAAAGUUUUUACGAACAUGAAAGAAGGAUUCAAAACGCCCAUCAUAUUUGUUGCGUCAUCAAACGCAUACAGCAAAUCGAGAGAAAUACCGGAAUUCUUUGGACGUUUGGUAAUAUUAAUCAAUGAUAAUCCGACGAGCCAAAAGGAUUACUCGAAGGCCGGAGACGCACAUAUCUGGGUUUCAACGAAGGAAUCAUUUGCAGAAGAUGCUAGUGACAUGCUCGAAAUGUAUGUACUAGGUCAUGUCAAGGAAAGAACUGAACUACUAUAUGUGAUGUCUAACGCAUGUAAUAACAGAGAUUAUUUUAACAAACUUAACAAGUUCAACAUGUCUGGAGCAAAAACACCAGUCACUCCAAUUAAAAUGACAAAGACAUUCUACGGAGAAGACGCAGCUAUGUCCAGCAGCUUUGAUCGACAGGUAAGCAUGGAUGUUCGUGGCUUUUUGACAGUUACUCCAGACGAACAUUUACAACUUGUCGAUGAUCUUCGACAGUCAAUACUAGACCUACAUGGAGAAAUAUUGUGUAUGUACGCACGCAGCAACGUACACGAGAGUGAAAAGCCUAAAUCCAGGAACAUCGGAACAAAAGUGGACCAUUGCAUUGCUGAUGCAAUAUUUAACGAGGUUGAAGAAAUCAAAACGAUGGGAAACAGGUUCGGAACAUUUGUAUUCUUUGUAGAAAAUGCUGAAAGAUACGACGAAGAACAAAAACAACAAGUAAUACAUAGACUAAAUGAGUGUCUUGAAAAAAAGACCAUUCAUCUAGGCAAUUAUCUUGUAAGAUUUGGCACAAAAGAAAUUAGGUUGAGUGACAACAUCUGUAGAGUAGGGAGUAAGGUUGUCACUGCAGGAUCCAGUUUUGGGACUUUGGGUGGUUUUGCAGAACAAUUCGAAGGUAUAGUUACGAGCACAUGCGCUAUCACAGCAAAACAUGUUGUAGAAAACCCCGACCUGAAGGUUUUCAAAAUUGAGCGUGCGAAUAGAAAGGAUACCAUCGUAGCCAAUAUUCUAAGGCCAAGGCAAGACCUAGUUCAGCUUUAUCCUGUUGAUAUUUGCGCAGCACGGAUUAUGGAGAAAGAUAUGACAGUAUGCAGAAAAAAGCAAAGGAAUGCUGAUUUUGAAGAAAGCGAAAGCAAUGUGCUAACAUUCGAAGGACAAGACAGAAGUGAACUUCAAGGUUUACCUGUACACAUUUGGGGAGCGACCUCGAAUCCCGGACACGGAAAAAUAACCGUUGCAAACUUAUACGAAAAACAUCAAAAAUAUAUGGUCGGAAUAGAAGAUUUAGAAACAUCCAGUGAUUCUGAUGAAGAAGGUGCGUCAGCUGGAGCUUCACAUACCACUGGUAACCUGGUAUUCGCGAAAGAGGGAGAUAGCGGGGCUAUAGUUUGUGCCGAUCAGUUUAUCAGAGGCAAGACUGCUGUUAAUGCCAUUUCAAUUCUAACUGGUGAGAAAACGCAUGAUGAUGAACGAAGAGUAAGAGCGAAGAGCAACAGUGCUACACAAGAUGAACAAAACUACACAGUGACUCCGAAUACACCAACAACAAAGGGCAAGAAGAUGUAUGUGUCCUUUCAGCUUGAGGAAGGUUUACGGCAACUGAGUCAGAUGCACAACUGUGAUUUUGAGUUCUGUUGAGUCUGCCAGCAUGUGAACAUAUUAGAUGAAAUAUUAAAUGUUUGUGUUUAAUAUUAGUGACUGUUGAAUUAAAAAUGUUUUUGAUAGUUACUUCUUAACUAAAAUUAACAUUAUUAUUUUGUUUUAUUUAACCUUUUUGUACGUAUUUGUAUAAGCUCAAGUAUAUAUACUCUUUAGUAAGACUUAUUUUAAACGAAAUAAUGUCAGUAUGAUGCAUUGUUUUGAUUAUGCAAGUCCAUUUAAACUUACACUAUUAAUUUGGAGUUGUGCUCGUUAAAGAUACAUCUUGUUACUUUGUAUUUUUGAUUUUUGUUACAUUAAACGGAGCAUACAUGUGUAA